AUGGCUCAGCCUGUCCACACUCAUCUUCCAAGAAUUGAAAGUGUUCAAACCUAUGGAAAAAAGAAACACGCUCAGGCUGUAGCUUUGAUAACCAAAGGAAAAGGGAUGAUCAGAGUUAAUGGUGUCCCACUUCACCUUGUUGAACCACAGACAUUAAGAGUAAAAGUAUUAGAGCCAAUUCUCUUGCUUGGAGAGUCAAGAUUUAGCAAAGUUGACUUCAAAAUCAGAGUUCAUGGUGGUGGCUAUGUUAGCCAAAUCUACGCAGUUAGACAGGCAAUUGCUAAAGGAAUUAUUGCAUUUUACCAAAAAUAUGUUGAUGAAGCAUCAAAGCGUCAAAUCAAAGAAAUGAUUUUAGCUUAUGAUCGUAGUUUAUUAUCCUUUUUACAUAGAUUUUAUAUCAAAAAAUCUAAAUUCAGCCUUAUUUUUUAGAUAAAUUAGCAAAAUAUCUCUUUAUUUUUCAAAAAAAUACCCUCAUUAAAGUAUAGUUGCAGAUCCAAGAAGAAAAGAGCCCAAGAAAUAUGGUGGCCCUGGUGCUAGAGCAAGACGACAAAAGAGUUAUCGUUAA